ACGGAGACCAAACAAGAUGAUAACUUCCGUCUCCGUUACCGCAUAUUUUAAACGAUUUCGUAAAACCAUCGCCGGAAGUUUUCUCCUCGUUCCCUUCGCAGCCCAGCUUCGUCUUCGCCUAGUCAAUUUUCCAUACCAAUACAGUUUGCAGUUUAUAAGUCGGAAAUGCUGAUUUGACGUAAUUCUGGCUGCACUUUAUCCAGUCACAGCUGGAGACAUUUGGUGACAAUUCUAUUCAGAGCCCAGAGUUGUCUACAGAUUGGGAGGUACUUUUUUCUCUGAGGUUAGAUCUAUUAAUAGAUUUUGGACUUGAAGAAAAUUGAAAAGUUCUCCAUCAAUGUUGAACUUGUUUAGCCCCAGGAAGCUACCUUGGAUAUCUGGUACAGAUGGUCAGAAAAAGGUAGUUUUAACUGCUGUAGAAGUAGAAUCUCUUCGGUCAGAAAUUGCUGCUUUGGAAGAAAGAGAAGCUCAUUUAAAAGCUCAAUUAGAACAUGUUGAUGAAAUACUGCAGUCUGCUCGACUGUCGGGUUAUUUAUAUGUGAGAACGAGAUGGGCGGCUUUACCAGGAGAACCUCUUCCAAUCGACGAUGACACUGAAGUUGAUGACUGGCUUCCUAGGUUUCUUGUCCUUCAGGGAUUGUGUAUUUUCUUGUAUUCAUCAUCCACUGAUCUGAGCCCUCAAGAUUCAACCCUCCUAUCUGAUGUUGUUGAAGUUGGAGCCCUGCCUUGUUUGACACGAGAAGAUGGUGAUACUCGAUAUUGCUUUUACAUCUCAACUCGUCAUGGGCUGCGAUACGAAUGCUCUAGUGUUUCUAAAAUGCAGGUUGAUUCCUGGUUGGCGACAUUACGGAAUGAGUCUGAGCUGCAAUCUAAUAGCACAGGACCUGAUGAGUUAACCAAGACUUGACAUGUUCUUCUUUCAGUAUUCUAUAAGAAGAACCUGUAAAUAGGUCAAAAUGGAAGCAAAGGCAUUAUCAUUCACUUGGAAGUUGAUUGCCAAUUGUCACUACCAUUAUUCUGUACAUAGCCUAUCUAACUGCCAUUGUAUGGCAUUCAAGUUACCAUUUGAAUAAAAUGUUUCCAGUUUAAGGAUUGUUAUCAUCCAUUAAUGAUGUCCUGAAAACAAAACAAUGCCUUUAAGAUUGUUAAUGGAAUGUCAAAGUGAACAAGGUAUUCCAUCUCGUAG